AUGCAGACAAUAUCCGGAGAAAUAACUGAAGGGGAAAGCAGUAGCAAUGUGAUGGGUCCACACCAGGAAGGAAACCCACAGAAUUUACUGAAACCUGCCAAUGACCCAACAUCACCCAAACUGCUGCAGAAUGAAUCUGGCCAACGGGUCCCAGGGGCCAACCUGCUGUCUGCAGUGCUAGCCUCGAAUAUAGGGCUGCUGGGAAUUGCUCUGAUCUCUGUAGGGGCUAUCAGGAGAAUCCCAGUGGGGCAGAAUGAGGUCCACUUGUUCCUUACCAUCAUGAUGCUAUUGGCUCUGUGCUGGAUACUCUUCUAUGUCUCCUACAUUGCCAGGCACAAGCACAUUAUUAUUUACAGAGACACCAACGCAGGACCAGUCUGGCUAAGAGGAGGGCUGCUGCUGUUUGCGGGUGGCAGCUUGCUUCUGCAUUUGUUCAAGAUUGGAUAUUUCAUUGGAUCCACAGGCUGUCAACACCCAAUCACAAUCAUUUUCUUUGUCACUCAAAUCGCAUUUCUUCUGGCCCAGACAUACUUUCUGUGGGUCCAUUGCAAAACUUGCGUUCAACUACAGCAGGACAUUUCACGGUGCGGCUUGUCGUUGCUGCUGACAUCCAAUCUGAUGCUGUGGGUUUCUGCUGUAACAGACGAGUUUCUUCACCAGACUGAUAGCAACGACCUCCCAGAGAGCAAGUUCUUGACUAUAGAAGAUCCAGGUAACAGCACCGAAUGUCACUGCAAUAGCAGUAUCUGUCAUCAUCUGCAGCUCGGUUCUGACUACUUAUACCCAUUCAACAUUGAGUACAACUUGUUUGCUUCAACCAUGGUUUACGUGAUGUGGAAGAAUGUUGGCCGGUUCUUAGAUCAAUUUGCCCAAAACAAGGGUAACUUCUACCUUCACGGCUUUCCCAUUGGCCUAGUCCUUGGGUUGGUUGGGAUAUUGGUCGGCCUAGUUAUUUUCAUUAUCUGUGAGGUCAAGAUGACAUUUAAUGAAUGGAAGAUACCAGCUCUUAUAAUGUAUUACAUCUUCAACAUUGUGCUUCUGAGCUUGAUGUCCAUGGUCAGCUUGCUUGGCUCUUUUAUCUACAUACUCGAUAAAAGAAGCAUAGAUCAACGUAUAAACCCUACCAGAAAUCUAGAGGUGAAUCUGCUGUUGGGAACGGAAAUGGGUCAGUUUAGCGUUGCCUACUUUUCAAUAGUAGCUCUGGUGUCCAUCAGACCACAUGAACCUCUAGCCAUCCUGAGCCUCAUGUUCUCCUUGAUCACAAUAAUCCAGCAUGCCCUCCAAAGUAUCUUCAUUAUCAAAGGUUUGUACAGGCAACCGUUCAGUGAACCAACCGAACAGAUAAGUUUUCAAUCAUUAUUCAGAAGUGCCAUCAGCCACCUGUAUAUCAGUCCUACUCGAUCCGAGCAAUUUUCUGACCAAAUUACGGAGCCCACCUUCCAAAGCAACAAUCCCGAAACACACUCAGAUACAAUCAGCCCUGCUGUUGGUCCAGGACAUGUGCAGGGCAAUCAGCUAACGUGGAAGCGGAGGUUCCUGAAGGAGAUCACUUCAUUUUUACUCCUGAGCAAUAUCAUC